AUGGAGACGCCGGUGGAGCAGUCGGAGAAUCGGCUACGACGUCAACGUCCGCGUCCGUCGCACUCUCCCGGCGUGAUGUCGACUACGACGACUACCACAGAUGGCUUAGCGAGUGGCACGGAGGAGAGUGGUAGUUCGCUGCUACGUCAAGAUCCUCAGUUGGCAGCUGUUUUGGGUGGCCUUCCCAGUUCAUCGAAGGAACUUCUACGGCGUAUUGAGCGACAACAGGACGACAUUCGUCUUCUACAGGAGGAGAAUACGCGGUUGCGGGCACGUGAAGUUGAGGUUUCUGCGCUGACGCUGCGUCUGCAGCAGCAAUUUGGAGCGACCCAGUCACAGGUGGACCGCCUCAAGUCACAAAUACGCAUGGAACUGACAAACCCCAUAACGGAGGAGGAGUACAGGGCGAUUGAAUCCUUGGAGGAGGGGAAGCGGGAUUUGCUGGACACCGUGAAGCUUGGUAUUUACCAACAGCUUGGGUCAAUGCGGGCGGCAAAGGAUUCGGCGGUGCAGCGGUCGACGGAAAUGGCGACGGAGACGACACGGCUCACCCGUGAGAACAGGGAACUUCAGCAGCAGCUGAAGGAACUGGAGGCGGCUGUGGAGGCGGAGCGGCGGUCCUUGCGACGUCAGCUGCAAGAAAUGGAGCAGCGCGGCAGCGGCGUGGUAGAGCUCGAGGGAAAAGUUCGGGACUUGGAGUCAAGACUGAAGAACGCGUACGUGGAUCAGGAGCAGUACUUGACGGCGAAGCUCAAUGCAUCUCUCAAGACAGAGGAGGUCACACGACUGGGGGUGCGGCUUCGCGAGGCGGAGAUGGAGGCAGAGCGAUACAAAACAGUUGCUGAGUGCUCCGAGCAGAAGCUCGACAUCCUCAAAUCCGAGUAUUAUGAACUACGGCUGAAAAACAGUCAGCGGGUGAUGGAGCUCGAGGCAUGCCUCAGGGGGGCGGAGGAGAAGUUGAAGACACUCUCUGACCUCGAGCUGGAAUCGGAACUGUUCGUGUCAAACAUGGCGAUGCAGUCGGAGGGGCAAAUGAUGCUUACUGCAGCUGCUGCGUUCACAGCGGCGGGGGGUGACGGCGCACCUGCGGCCUCGUCUUCCGCAGCCCCACUAAGUAACUAUGAGAGCUGGCUCGCCUUGCCGCGGUCACGCAAAUUAGCGCACACGCUCACUGUGACGAAGCGGUGUCUGCAGUUAGAGAAUCGCCUCUCUGCCUUACAGUACGACGUGGAAUUCAAAGAUAAGCAGAUUGCGCGGUUGCAGGCCUCACUUGAUAUGGCCCGAGAGGCGUUGAACAACUCCAACAGUCCCUUUGCCAUGGUGGAGCGCACCGUGGAGCGACUCACGCAGGAAAACGAGGAGCUUCACAACAAGGUUAUGACUCUGUCAGAAGAAAACACGCUACUGCGUCAGCGACUAGAGCAGCGAACAGCCGACGUGCAGGUUCUUUGCGGACAUCGCAAGGAGCUUCUGCGCAUUCAACGCCUCCUCCGACGUCUGGGAUUGGAGGGGAAAUUGUCGGAUCCAGCCGUUGCGUCUUGCUCACAGGGACCUCAGCAAUCAUCGUGGCCGUCGCAGCCGCAGCUGCAACAGCAACGGGAUACGGAUGAUGCGUUGGAUCUACGUUUCAGCACUGUUCGCUCUUCUGCAUUGCGGUGGGAUCAAACGGCGGGGUCGCCCCUAUCGAAUUCCCACCAUCAUGCGUCUGAGUUAUCGCAGGUGAGCAAAGAGAUCGAGGCAGCUGCGGCUGCGGAGGGGCAGCAGCGACAAGCACGGCAGCAGACUCAGGGAGUAGAGAAAUCCUCAAGUGGCGUACUUAUCCCACAGUCCAUCGAGAUCAUGUCGUGA